AUGAGAUUGUCACAGCGUGAAAGGGACUCGUCGCGCUCCUCAGGCAACGAGACAGAACAGAUACAGAGCCUGCUGAUGGACUGGAGGGGCUCCGAUGUGGAAGAAUUGUCCGAGAAUGAGAAACACCAGAAACUGGACCAGAAGGAGCAAAUUGAGCUCAGGUCUGGUUUCUGCAUCCCCCGUCUAUGGUUCUUUAUCUCCAUGGCCAUAAUUAUCUUGCUUGCUCUCGGCACCAUUGCCAGCUUGAAUCUAAGCAAAGGCGACACCCAAUCUCUGGCCCAAGCACCUUCAGGAAUAUCAACCCCGGACUAUACACUGGAUCCGAAUUGGGACUUCCACGCGCCUGCGCAGCGUAGAGAAUAUAGCUGGACUGUCAGAGACCAUGAGCACAACCCAGAUGGAGUCUAUCGGCCGAUGAUAUUGGUCAACUCGCAGUUUCCUGGCCCGCUGAUCGAAGUCAAUGAGGGUGAUACCAUAGUUGUCAACGUACAUAACGAGGCAACGAACGCAACCUCGUUUCAUUGGCAUGGAAUCUAUCAAAACGGAAGUUCGUUCAUGGACGGUGCAGUUGGUACCACCACUUGUCCGAUCGCACCUGGCCACAAUUUCACCUACCAAUUCACUGUCAAGCAAAGUGGAAGCUACUUCUGGCAUUCUCACCAAGGAGUACAAUCGUCGGACGGUCUCCAUGGACCGCUGAUUAUACAUGGCCGCGAUGAGAAGGAGAAGCAGCGUAUACCGUAUAAGACCGACAGGGUCAUAUUGCUAGCCGACCACUACCACGACCUCUCGUCAGCGCUACUUUGGCAGUACCUCAAGCCAGACGAGGAGAACGCCGAGCCAGUUCCAGUUGGUGGGCUGAUUAACGGGCGUUCGAUCCGGGACUGCGAAUCUUUUCCUGGCAGAAAGUGCGACAACAGCACUACAAACGUGGGCACUCCUCGCCUGACGCUUGAGCGAAAUGAAAGUCACAGGUUGCGUUUCAUUAACGUAGGCGCAUUGGCAGAGUUUCAGGUGCAGAUCAACGAGCAUGAAUUGGCAGUGACAGAGGUCGAUGGCACGGACGUCGAGCCAUCGACCUAUCACCGAGUGAACAUCAAUCCGGCGCAGCGGUACAGUGUUGUCGUGAACACCAAUUCUGCCACCUCUGAGUCGUUCUGGAUGCUAGCCCGGAUGAUUACAACCUGUUUCGCCGAAGUACCUGCAAAUCUGGAUGCGAAUGCCUUGGCCAUCGUACAAUACGUUGACGACCCGAACGAGCUCCCAUCAUCCACAGACUGGGAAACCGCACUUUUGCAAGAGUGUAAGGACAUGAACACCACCGAGCUGAUUCCGCUCGAUGUGGUUGCUGCUCCCGUCCGCGAAGACGCAUUUUUCUACCUUCGUUCGAACUUCGAGAUUGGGAAGUACAGAUUGAGUCGCGGAAAGUUCAACACAAGUACUUUCCGACCAGAAGUGAACUCUCCUAGCUUGCACCGAGCGAUUGAUGGGUUGGCGACUCUUAACAUGACUUUUCGCCCGGACACGACAUCUUCCCAAGCAUUUGUGAACGAUCAGGCGUACGACAUCUCUCGUGAGCUCGUCAUUCAAACUACUGGUAUUCAAACCAUCGAUAUCCUCGUGUCGAACUUCGACGACGGCUCUCACCCCAUGCAUUUGCAUGGAUACAAGUACUUUGUACUCGCUCAAGGUCAUGGAUACCCGCCACUCACAUCUGUUUCCGGUGGUAUCAACAGGGAAAAUCUAGCGCCUCUCUACGAUCAACUCGACCUGACGAACCCGCUGCGACGUGACACAGCCACUGUAGAGGCCUUUGGUUGGAUGUUGAUUCGCAUAGUUGCCGACAAUCCUGGCGCAUGGACAUUUCACUGUCAUUUGGCCUGGCAUUCCGAGGCUGGCUUAGCUAUGCAGUUUCUGACCCGGAGCGAUGAGCUUGCCAAGGUCCGAGUUCCUCAAGCAAAUCUGGACCUGUGUGCUGCCCAUGGGAUUGAAAAGGGAAUGGGUCCUGAGGAUGAGGACUACAGGGAUCUCGCCAAAUGA